UAUUUUAGCUUAUCACCGGCCAUUAUUGCCUUUAGAACAAGACAACUCCAUUUGCAAGUCUAGCUAUCUUAACUUUCAUUUGGUCAUCGACUCAUUGAUCAUUUUUGAGUUUAUCCAUGGCUCAAGAAAGCUCCUCUUCCAAUAGUGGUUCUCCUCAUUAUGAUGGAUAUUGUAGGUAUCAUGUGUUCUUGAGUUUCAGAGGCGAAGACACGCGUAAGACUUUCACCGACCACCUCUACACCGCCUUUAAAGAUCAAGGCUUUCGUACUUUCCGAGAUGACGAUGAACUUGAGAGAGGAGAAGAUAUUAGUCCGGGGAUUGAGAAAGCCAUUCAACAGUCGAGAAGUUCUGUUAUUGUGUUCUCAAAAGAUUACGCGUCUUCCCGGUGGUGCCUUAACGAGCUGUUGAUGAUCCUUGAACGCAAGAGGACCUCAGAUCAUGUAGUUUUACCAGUCUUCUACAACGUGGAUCCAUCCCAAGUGAGGAAGCAGACGGGCAGUUUUGGGGAGGCAUUUGCCAGACACCAAAAGACUCAACUAUCGGACAAGGUGAAAGAAUGGAAGGACGCACUUACGAAAGUUGCAGAUCUUGGAGGGAUGGUAUUACGGAACCAAGAUGAUGGGUACGAAUCAAAAUUUAUUAAAACAAUUGUUAAAGAGAUAGGUGACAAGCUUACUCGUACAGUACCACUAAGCGUUGGCCCUAACCUGAUUGGAAUUCAUGCUCGAGCCAACAAAAUUAAUCAAUGGAUACAAGAUGGACCAAAUGAUGUCGGCAUACAUGUAAUUUUUGGGAUGUCUGGAAUAGGGAAGACGACAGUUGCAAAACAUAUCUAUAAUUCAAACUUCAGAAGAUUCGAAGGAAGCAGUUUCAUUGAAAAUAUUAGACAAACCUCAGAACAAAUCAAUGGCAUAGUUAAAUUACAAAAACAGCUCCUUUAUGAUAUUUUGAAUGGAAGAGAAGUAAAAAUACGAAAUGCUAGCGAAGGAAAAACUGCGAUUGAAGAUGCCAUAAGCUGUAAAAGACUUCUUCUUGUUCUUGAUGAUGUGGAUCAUAUGGACCAAUUUGAUGCAUUACUUGCGAUGCAAUAUCGAUUCCAUAAAGGAAGUAAAAUCAUCAUAACAACAAGGCGUGCAUGGGUAUUAAAAGCUCAUGGAGUUACUAAGGUGCACUAUGUUCGAGCUUUGAAUGAAAGUGAAUCAUUGACGCUUUUCAGUUUGCAUGCUUUUCGACAAGAUCAUCCUACUGAAGGCUACGCGGAACAGACUGCAAAGUUUGUACGCCACUGUGCCGGGCUUCCAUUAGCACUUCGAGUUUUGGGUUCUUCCCUGUUCGGGGAAAAUAUAGUUGUAUGGGAGAGUGCAUUAAGAAAAUUAGAAUCUAUUCCUAAUAGCGAAAUCAUGCAUAAACUCAGAAUGAGUUACGAUGUACUGGAUAAGCAUGACCAGGAAGUGUUCCUCCACAUUGCUUGUUUCUUUAUUGGAAAUGACAAGGAUUACACUGUUGGAAUACUAGAUGGAUGUGAAUUGCACACUACUAUUGGCAUUAUAAAUCUCAUUGAUAGAUGCCUAGUAGCAAUUGGCCCCAAUAACAAGGUGGUGAUGCAUGACAUGAUUCGUGAAAUGGGAAGAGGAAUUGUUCGCCUAGCAGCAGAGGAGCCUCGGAAACGUAGUAGAUUAUGGCAUCACAAGGACUCUAUCAAAGUAUUGAAAGAAAAGAAUGGGACAAAAAAAAUUGAAGGUCUUGAAUUAAACAUGCAAAGGCACCUUGGAGUCACUACAAAAAAUUUGAAUGAGAUCAUCUUGGAAACCAAUGCAUUUGCAAGGAUGCACAAACUAAGACUUCUCCGGCUUAGUCAUGUGCAACUCAGUGGAUGCUAUGAAGAAAUUCCUACAGGAUUGAGAAUGUUGUGUUGGAUUGCAUUUCCUUUAGAUUCUAUACCAAAUGAUUUUCAUUUGGAGAACCUAGUUGUUCUGGAAAUGCAGUAUAGCAGCUUGAGACAAAUCUUGAACGGAACAAAGUGUUUUCCAUCCUUGAAGAUCCUUGAUCUCAGUCAUUCUCAUGGCCUUAUUGCAACCGUUGACUUCUCUCUUUGUCCCAAUUUAGAGAAACUGAUUCUCAUGGAUUGUGAAGGCUUGAUUGAUGUCGAUGAAUCCAUUGGAAACCUGGACAGACUAGUUUAUUUGAACAUGAAAGAUUGCAAAAGUCUUAGGAGGCUCCCAAAGACCAUUGGUAUGCUAAAGCUACUUGACACACUUAUUUUAUCUGGUUGUUCAAAUCUUAACAACUCUUCCAUAGAUAUGAUUAGGAACAUGGAGUCUCUCAAACUGCUUGAACUGGAUAGAAUUCCAGUAAGUCAAUUAUUCAAUCUCUGUGGGGAGGUCAAAUUAUGGAUUAGUUAUUUGCCAUGCUCUCUACUAUCCUUAAGUCUUAGUGGGUGCAAUCUCACUGAUGAGGCUUUUCCUAAGGAUUUUGCUAGCCUAGCCUUAUUGAGAAGUUUAAAUCUAAGUAAUAAUCCAAUUUGUGGCCUACCAAAUUGCGUCAAGGGGCUGACAAGGCUAGAAAAACUCCUUCUCUCGAACUGUUUGAGCCUCAAGUCCCUUGUAGAGCUACCAAAAGUAGACCACGAGUUGGAUGUGGCCGAUUGCACAGCAUUGGAAAGAAUAACAUAUCAAUCAAGUUGGUGUGCCUAUGCUGCGCCUAACCGAAGUGGUAGGAACCACAGCCUAGUUGAGUGGGAAUACAAAUAUAAGUUAGAACCCAUUAAAAGUGUUAAUGUAGAAAUGCUCAAUUUUUUGGGCUUGAGCAAAUUGGACUUCGAAUUCAUGCCAACCAUUCGGAUGUGCAUGCCGUAUCAAGGUUACGACAUAAUUCAUCAGGGUGGAAUCCAGGGACUGCAUGAGUAUGAUGGCACAAACUCAUAUAUUCGAGGAAAUGCAAGAAAGAUAGAUAUGUUCAGCACAUUUCUUCCUGGAAAUGCGGUUCCAGGCCAAUUCAGCCAUAGAACCAAAGGCUCCUCCUCAAUAUCAUUAACCUUGCCUUUGCCUUCACUUCCCGAUAUCAGAAUCCGAGGCUUUAACAUCUUCAUUAUCUAUGCAAUUUCUGAUAACGACGAUGAAAGAUAUUCUUCUAGUAGGGACCAGGGUUCAAUAACUAUCAAAAUCAUAAAUGAGAGCAAUGACGACAACUGGCAUUAUGCCCCAAUAUAUCACGGUAUUCCAGGUAAGGGAGAAGACAUGAUAUGGUUAACCCAUUGGAAUAUGAAGAAUCAAGUAAAAGGUGGGGAUCAAGUGGCUGUUUCACUCUCGGUAAAACAUGCAAGGUUUCGGUAUCAAGUAAAGGAGUGGGGGAUCCAGGUUGUACAGGAGAAGCAAGAAGAUAAGAUGUGUACCGACCACUACACCAGAAAUCCCAUUUGUUUUCCAUGUGCCACUGGCGGAGAUUUGUUAACAUCUGAUGAGCCGUUGACUGGAACAUACUUGCUGUCCUAUGAACCUGAUUCAACUGUAGAUAAAGAUAAAGAAGGAGAUGAUGAAGAAGAGGCAGUGGGUGAUCCUAUUCCUGAAUCAGCAAUGAGGGGUGGCAGCAACAACAGCGAUCGGGGUCUCAGAAAGUGGAAGGUGCUCAUCAUCGCUGCUCUCAUCCUUGCCGCUGCCAUCAGUGCUGCUCAUCGUUUCGAGGACUCUGAUCUCAACACAAAUCUAGCUAAAUCAGACCAUGAAGAACAACGGGAUGAAGAUGACAACCUUGCAGCAGAAACCCAUACUGAAGGCAGUAACAACCGUGCUCGGGGUCCCAGAAAGUGGAAGGUGCUCAUCAUUGCUGCUGUCAUGUUAACUCUCUGUUUAUCUGUUUGCUGGUUCUUCUUUUUCUCCGCUAAAGACAGAUACAUGGAAUCCAUUUUGGUUCCUACAUGA